AUGAACCAGGGCUGCACCGCCACCGUAUUAGAGCACGAGUUGGCUGCCUUUGCGCUGCCAGCCGGCCUGGACUGUCCGCCAACAUCCCGCUUUUCCUGCCGCUUGGACGGCAGCCUCGAUGCGUUAGAUGUUGAGCUAAGCGCGCCGGCUCUAGCAGACAUCAUCGAGACAGACUUCGACUGCAUUCCAACCACCCCCAGCUACAAUAGCCCCGGUAGUACUACGAGCAGUAGCAGUAGCGCGACACCAAGCCGUAAGACCAAGCACGAUAGCAACGUCCUGACUUCCGUAUCCCCCAAGCCGCAUCGGCACCACUCGAAAAAGGCCUCUCGGAAGCAGGUGCACGAGCUCCAGGUGAUGGUCAACGUCAUGCAGGCGCAGGUCGACAGCGCAGCCGCCGAGAUCCAGCAACUGGCGCAGCUCGUGGGCCAGUUCGCGCACCAGCGUGAGCAGGAGCAACAGGAGCACGAGCACGUCCGGAGGCGAGAACAGCAGCUAUUUGAGGAGCACGAGAUGGACAUGGACCUCGACACGCAGCAGCGACACCUACGAGCGCAAGUCAAGCGCGAUCGCGAGCAGUAUGAGCGCGAGCAGCAGCAACAAUGCUUCGAUUGUCCCGCGGCCCCUGGGGAGAAUAGAUUCCGAUUCUAG